AUGGCCGACAGUGAUCCAGCAAAUAUUCGCAAUGGCUUGCGAUUUUUUGAUCGAACAGACGAUUUAACGGCGUCAAAAGUUGGACUUGCAGCACGGGAAGGUGAUGAAGAAACUUUAAGAGCUCUUCUAGCCAGUGGUAUGUGUAUUUCAGCUUACGUUAUUACUGAAAACUUGCUAGUACAAAAUUUAUUACCCUAUGUUUAAUACUUGUAAAAUAGGCCUACAUUAAUUAUGUUUUUACAAAAAUCUUCUUAAGUAAGAUUUCCACAUUGGAUUAAAAGUAAUCAAGACUUGUUUUUGAUGCUUAUGACAGUUGUUGGAUGUGCGCUGUUGGAGUAGACCUGUGUCUUGUAUGAACCCAAAACCAAACAAUUUUAUUUCCACCACUACUACACUAUUUUCAGUUAAAGGCACAGGUGGCCCAAGCGUAAUAUGAGUUUUUGAAUGGGAAAAAUAGAGUUUGAAACUUAGAUGAAAUAAAUGAAGUAAAAGCGAUAAAAGUUAUCAAUAAAGUGUAAAUAUUGUUACCUGGAGUUGUUGUCUUUGUUUUUACGAAGUUUCAGCGGGAUUUGAGUACUUUUACAUCAUCUGACCUGACAGUGUAAUAAUGAGAGAUAAGGUAGGACAGAAUCGCUCGAUCGAUCUUCAAAGCUGCUCAGAAUCAGCUCCAAAUUUCAAGCGAAAAAACAAACACACUCACAGCAAGGGCGGCUUCUUUGUUUUCACUCGGCCAAUGAACGAAGCAACAAAACAAAACAAAGAAGCCAACCUUGCUUGGAGGUGGGUGCGUAGAGAUUUGUCUUAACGAAGUAAUGUCACCCUCUCCCGGUCAGUUAUUAUUUGACGCUAGCACCCAGUCACUGCCGAGCGAUAAAACGGUUGAAAUGUUACACUUCUACUAGUCACGGAUAAAUGGCGCCAAUUUUUGAACUGUAGUUGAUCUUUUCGAUCGAGUUAUGCGAGCCAAACACAAGGUUUACUGGAACGGAUUGUAGGAAGGUGAUCUUAGGGUACCACUUUGUGGAUUCGGUGGCGUAAAAUGUAAGUGUGUUUGUUUUUUCGCGUGAAAUUUGGCUGAUUCUGAGCAGCUUUGAAGAUCGAUCAAGCGAUUCUGUCCUACCUUGUCUCUUACUAUUACACUGUCAGGUCAGAUGAUGUGAAAGUACUCAAAGCGCGCUGAAACUUCGUAAAAACAAAGACAACGACUCCAGGUAACAAUGUUUACACUUUAUUGAUACUUUUAUCGCUUUUACUUCAUUUAUUUCAUCUAAGUUUCAAACUCUAUUUUUCCCAUACAAACUCUCAUAUUACACUUGGGCUAUCUGUGUUAAAGGUAGAUUACAGUAUUUACUCAUGUAUAAUAAGCUUUCUUUUUUCAAAAGCAUUUGCUUGUACGUUGGUAGAGGCACAGGCUGCAAAUAAAUUUUUUUAGAAGGAUGUAUUUUUGACCAGGUCACCAUUGUAGUCAGAAAAACCAAAAAAAAUAGGACACAAAUUUUUUUAAAUGUUUUAUUUCUUUAAUUUCUAUGCAAAUCUACAGCAUAAAAAAUGACAGUCUAAGUACUUGGUCUGCCCCAUCAUCAUGUAUGACCACCAGAAGCGUUUUGGCAGACAUGGGCAACUUUUAGUGUGCCAUUGUCCGAUGAUUAACUGUUAUUUGUAGCUCUGCAGGAAGUGGUGUUCGGAAUCGGCAGAGAUUUCAUAAUCGAUCAUCAGAAAAUAAUAAUCAGAUUGGUCUACCUGAUCAGACAUCAACUAUUAUGAUGGGAAAAUUCUCUUAUAUACAUUCCAUUUAUUUUUCACCUUUGUGCAAGACAAAGUACAUGUAACACAAACUUUCUGAGCCCGACAACCAGUGAGCUCAGAAUUUUUUCUGUGCUUCCUGGUGAUGAAAUUCUCUUCUUCUUUAAUUUUUUAUUUGCCAACAAGAAUUUUUAAUUUUUUCCCACAAACAUUUUUGAUUGAACAUUUUCCAAAAUGAAUUAUAGCAUUGCUUGAAGGUUUUGAUUGAUGACUGAUUAAAUUGUUGUUGAUUAUCGGCACACCACUAGCUUGCAGACCUGAUUUUUCUUUAGAAGAGUUGCUCUAAUAAUUAAUCAAGUUACUACUGUAUUUGUUAGGGGCACCCUGUGAUGUUUCAGACAACCGUGGCUGGUUCCCAGUGCAUGAAGCAGCUGCCGCAGGACACGGUAGUUGUCUGCGAAACUUACUGCAACACAGGAGUGAGGACCUUCUUGAUUCAAAAGCCUAUAGUGGUGAAACUGCUCUUUUCUUAGCCACUGUGAAUGGCCAUGUGGAGUGUGUAAGGACACUCUUAGAAUUUGGUGCAGAUGUGAAUAUCAUGAACAAUGAAGAAGUGAAUCUUAUUGCUGCUGCUGUAAAAGGUGGAAGCAUAGAAUGUUUUGAGGUUUGUCUUCAAAAUCUUAUUUUUAAUCUAGCCAUUGAAAGUUAAGGUAGUGGGGCUGAGUGGCCAGCACGUCGGACUGGCAAUCAGGCGGUCAUGGGUUUGACUGUCACUCAGGCCACCUACUGGAUUUAUUCUCGUUAUCCCAAGUUAAUUCUCAGCCGUUUUUGUAAAUAGCUAACGGGCUGCCUCCUGCUAGUCAAGUUUUUUAAUACUGUUAUGUACUGAGCGGUUUUUUACUUCUAAUUAUUUGAGUGAAGUGCCCACAAACUAGCUGAAUAAGCUAGGUGGACUUUCUACUUACUGUAAACAAACCUUCAACCUUUGAAAAAAUAGUUUGCAGGGGAACUUUUUGGUACUGAUAUCAUUUUUUCUUCAGAUUUUCUCAGCAUUCAAUCUGGAUGCAAAUGGUCAGGACAUUGGAGGUUGGAGUGCACUCCAUGAGGCAGCAUUUGCUGGGCGAGAAGACUUCAUCAAGCUGCUUCUUUCCAGCAGAGCAAGCAUCAACAUACAGAACAGUGAUGGGGCCACGCCUUUAUUUACCGCAGCACAAUAUGGCAAGCAUUCUUGUUUAAAACUGUUGUUAAAAGAAGGUGCUGAUGUGAAUAUUUUGACUGUGGAUGGAGCAUCACCUUUGUUUAUUGCUGCUCAGGAAGGCCUGGUUGAUUGCAUGAACACCCUCUUGGCUGCAGGUGAUUGUUUUUUACUGCUUUUACCCAUUGUUACACCUGUAAUCAGUAACAGCCCAUUUCAAAGUUGAUUUAAUUUAUUCCUUUCAAAGCAAGGUUAAUAAAUCUGUCAGAAUUUACAUCGCUCGUGGCUCCCAUGAAAUCGCCAAGUGAAGACUGAGCUCCAAUUGACCUCAUUCAGUAUGACUCAUGUAGGUGCAUUUUUCAGUUUCCAAGCAACACUUCGAUAGAACCAGUUGAUAUCAAGGAGCAUUGGUCAGCAUUGUGUUGAUUGUUUUUGCGGCCGUUUUGCAAUCAAGAAAUGCUUUUGCUGAUUAAUUUCAGCGGCAAAACUAUUUUACAGAGAACAUUGGAAUUGCGUUUCAGUUUGGCUUUUUACUGUAAAAAACUUGCUUUUCCGUGAAAUCAGUACCUCACAACUUGCAUUUUACACUAAAUUUACUCGGCCUUCAGUUUGCAUUUGCAUCUUUUUCUCGAGACUGGGUAUCGGGCUCAGAUAUUUAAGCAAGGGUCUUGGUGAGUCUUGGAUUUUACCAUUUGUCACCCCUUAUUUUGUAGGAAUUUUUGACAUAAUUAUGCAGAGUCACGACAGUCACUGUUAGUUGACAAAUUGUACCAGAGCUAGGGCAAAAGCUAGGCUGUUCAUUCCCAGAUGGUUACAAUGAUCAUUGACAUCAUUCCUUAGAAGUAUGAAUGCUUAAUAUGGACUUAAUAUGGAUGAAGUAAAUAUUAGAUUAGGGAAGCACAUUCCACGUAAAAACAAAGUACUUACUAACCUCCUACGGUAUGCAAUAACAACAACAACAACUAAUCUAACUUUUGCCGUGUCUUCUUAGGAGCAAGUCCAGAAACCUCCGUUAUCGAUGGAGCAACACCGCUACAUGCCGCAGCAGAACGCGGGCACUCCGAUUGCAUCCAAAUUCUCUUAAGCGCUGGAGGUAGCUCAUGCAUAGAGACGAGCCCUGAGAAAAUCACUCCGCUGCAUUUGAGCAGUCAGGAGGGUCAUUACAAGUGCAUGGAGUUGUUACUGACUGCGGGCGCCAACGUGGAUGCGGCCACGCAGAGCGGAAACAUGACUCCGAUUUGCUUGGCUUGUCAAGGACACGCGGAUUGUACUAGACUGCUCUUAGACUGGGGGGCAAAUCCCAACCACAUAUACGAAGAUGUAGAUGUCCUUCCCAAGACACCGCUGAUGGUUGCGGUGGAGAGCGACUGCGCUGAUUGCGUGAAAAUCUUGGCGGAACGCGGCGCGGAUACAAACAUGGCAACUUACACGUCGCCUCUUGUUCUUGCGGCGCAGAACUCCUCUUGUGAAUGUGCCAAGAUUUUGUUGGACUUCGGCGCUGAUCCCAAUUACAGCGACCGAGGGAAGAACACUGCUCUGAGUAUCGCAGUGACACGAUUCUGCUACGGUCAUAGUCACAAGUCCAAAAAAGCACAGCUUGAAUGCAUUAAAUUGUUACUUAAGCUGGGAGCCAGUGUGGAUCCUCUUCAUGAAGGAACUUGCGUGGCGUUUAGAGACCCCAUCGCUAUGAAAGUGCAAAGUCCUGACUUGUUUAAGGUGUUGUUAGAGUUCGAGGGAAACAGGCAAGAAACGCGCGAGAUUUGUCGUGCGAACUCUCGCGCGAAGAAAACAGACUUGAACUGGCGUAGACUAGUACGGCUGACGAGUUCUCCUCGUACGCUGCAACAUUUUUGUCGCCUGGUUAUUAGAAAGAGAAUUAGUAGCAACCGUGUACAACGAAUACCUGAAUUGCCCGUUCCACCUUCUCUAAAACAAUUCCUAAUGUAUUCUGACUUGUAGACAAAACUGUCAUUUUCCUUCUUGUGUUCUCCAUUAAAACUUUUUGCGUUUGACCUAAAAUCGCCCUUUCUCUAAAACUGGAACGUUCUACGGUUUUGUAGGAUAAGACACGAUACUAGAGACCUUUAGCUUCUAAGGGGGUAAUUACAUGUGACCAGGACGAACUCAGGCCGGUACGAAUUUGUAAUUUUUGCAGUCGUUUACAUGAGACGGGUAUGAAACACUUCGUUGGUUACAUGAGACCGAUACAAACUCAAAAACAGGAGAUUGUUGUAGCUAUAUAACUUUCUUAACUCGAUUAUUUAACGUAUUAUUCACUAACUGCCCUAACUGGUACACAAGUUACACCAGUUAAGACAGUGAGUAGAGAACCGUAGAUUUUACUGCUCCCAGAAAAUUGUAAGCUUUAUCUAACGCUCAUCUGGUGUCAUGUUAAAUGCACAGCAUCUCAAAAUGGUGCAAUCCCUCACAUUAACCGAAGCAUAUCUUCAAUUGAAGCUACUUCCCAGUCUUGUUUACAGUUAUUCAUAGAAGUGCUCUUAUUUUGCUGAGAAAAAGCAAAAAUGAUGGAACCGUACGAAGAAACAUGCUAUUUAUGGACCCGGUCUGAGAUUCGUUUACGUUUUACGUGAGAACGGAACAGUCUCAGACCGGUACGAAAAUAACUCGUGUCGGGUCAGCGACCGACGCGAAGUCAGACCGCUCUGAGUUCGUUUUUAGGCCGGUCCCACGUAAACGCAUCAAACGAAAUGUAUGGAGACCGAUACGAUCUCAUACCGGUCUGAGUUCGUCCCGGUCUCAUGUAAUUACCCCCUAAGACGAGUACAACUACAAGAACCAGACUCGGUGCAGACUUUCUCAAAUACUUACUAGUGCGCACGCGCGUGAACCAGCCUCAUUUUGGCGGGAAAAUGCGUUAGCCGUCGUCAUUCUACUACCAGGUUUAGCGAGAAUGCAGUGAUGGAGACAGGUUAUCAAAUGUUGGAAGUUUUAUUAUUUUGCGAGAAAAAGGGCUAAACCUCCUUCAAGAAAAAUAACCGUGUUAACUUUUCUGGUGAAAAAAGAGUAAAGUGAAGCUUUCCGGAGUGUCCAUUUUUUGACAAUACGUGAAAAUCUUUCCCUCGGCGUCGUCCUCUUCCUCGAAUCAAAGGAUCUCUUUCUACUGAGGGAUAACCUAAAAUUGCAGUUUUUUGCCCUAAAAAUGGACGGCUCACACCGGGGUUAAGGCCAUUUCAUUUUAUCAGCCGUCGAAUGAUGAUAUAUAUAUAUAUAGCAGGAUGCUCAGUUACAAAACUAAAGACGAUAUUGUUUUCUAAACGAACAUUUUUUUUUCUCUUUUGCCAUGGGCGUGUUCGGUAUUCACGAGUUUGACGUGAACUUUGCGGUAGAAAUUGCCUAAGAAAAGAGCUAACAUUUGGCGACGCCACCAUUGGUUCCUCGCGAAAAGACGUCUGAGAAACGAGCGCAGAAAUUCCAUACUGAUGACUGUGUGUGUCACUACCAAGAUCCUGACGUUGUUUGAGAUUGGUUGAAUUGAGGCAAACUCCCAACCAAUCAGAAGCACUAAGCAGAUCUGGGUAGUGACGCGUCAUCAGUAUGGAAUUUCUUUGCUCGUUUCUCAGACGUCGUUUCGCCGGGAAACCAGUGGCGGGGUAGCGAAAUGCCGGCUGUUUUCUCAGGCUACAGUAGAAAGUAUAAAAACAUUUUGAUAUUAAAAAUAAUCGAGCAGAGUUUGUGCACCCGAGAAAGUCUAACGGAUAACUUACAAAAUGACUUAAAAAAUGAAAGGGGAAAAAUACUUAAGGAAAAAGAAGCAAAUUAACAAUUCAAUAACACAAAGAAACUAUUUCUUAACCGGAAGUAAAACUCGCCUAAACAGCAUUUCCGGCACCCGUUGGACAAUGGAUUAUUGUAAUUAUUGUGACCAAUCAAUAAUUUAGGAGUGUGAAACCAAUAAAGAAAGCGCCAAUGGUAACAUGGCUCGCUUAAUGGUUUGCUGUCGGGAUUAUAUAUACAAAGAAAAGAUGUCCAUUAGAAACAAAAAGCGUGUAGUCGCAUGAAUAAAAUAAACUGUUACUUGUUUGAGGACAAAAACGCGAAACGUUCCAUAGAGAUCAAGGAGAUAAUUGUAGUAGAGUUUAGCGGCAUUGAAAGUUGUUGUGUACCACUUGCUAGCUUUACUCGAUCCAAGUGUCAUAACAUGAGAACGUACCUCAUCGAGAAUGGACACGAGUCUCUAACCAUUCGAGAAAUUUUGAUGACAAAAAUUGAACUCGCAGAAGAACCAAUCUGUAUCUAGUACGGCCGUUAUGUACGCCUCAUUAGUGCCAAACAGUUCUCAGACGACUGUCGAAACGACAGGUAAGUUGCAUAUACUUGAACUUUGCUGCCUUAUUCUAGCAACGCGAUCGGCGACGCUAGAAAAUUUUUUAGCACAGAAUCUUGUUAUUUUUCUCGUGCGCUUCUCGUAAACAGAAGAUCGCUAGCCUAUGCAGUAAUUUGUCGUUUCCGAAUUGACAAUAUAUGUGGUAACACAUUUUUUUAUAUAGUAAAAAUACAAACUGAAAAAAAUUGUAAUAUUCGAAUGACUGCAAUAAAAGUAGUUUCUAAGUUUUAUGUAAAACAAGUCGACUGCCAGGUGCAAGGAACAAAUCUGAAGCUUGCCAGUUUCUCCUACGUUACUUGGAAAUAAUCCAAAUUUAUACUGUUACAGGUUUUAUCAUGCGAUUUGCCGACUACGAUCUAAUUAUAUAAAAAAAGCUGUAUUACUGCGAUCAGCCAUAGUUCUGCAUUUUUUUAAUAUCAUAAAAAAAGUAUCAUUUCUGGACGCUUUGAGUUUUCUUCAGCUCGAGGGUGCCUCGAGAGCAUAUGGCAUACUUUAAAUUAUUAAAUAUUUACACCUUUCUUUUGUUAAAGCAUCUAAUAUAUGCAUUCAGAUCUUAAUUACUACCCCAAACUAUAUAACAACUCUCAUGAAUUCAGGAUCAUAACUUGCGAUAUCGCUCCUUCAGUUUUUCUGACUAUCUCGUAAAAUAUUCGAAACUUGUUAUAACACUUGUUGUAUUUUCAUAUUCACGAGUAGAGUUAAAACAAUUCUCGCCUGAAAUACACAAUGAAAGGAUAAAAUAGCUAUUAUAAUUAGUAAAUAAUAGUGCUUAGGGGCUAAAAAACCAAAGUCUUAUCUCUUGACUGGGGUCAAACAAUCUUGGACUUUAAAUUCCAGUGAUUUCCCUAUAUAAUUAAUAAGAAAUAACAAAAAAUAAUGAUAAUUUAGAUUUUUUCUUUCGGUUUUGUUUUCGAAUGUCUUUUUGUUGUUAAAGAAUUGAGGUAGAUAUUCAUUGGUAAGAUUUUUUGGCAAGUCUUGGCUAUCCCGCUAAGCGACGUAGCCUUUACCAUCUUAUGGAUCUUCUGCAUGUAAGGAAUUACGUAAAACAAAGAAAUACUGCCGGAACCAAUCAGAAUUCAAAUGUUUUUCGAUCGGUUGAGUUUUCGUGGACAUUUCGGAACUAAUCGACACCGAGCCGAAUUGAGUUUGUGCCUCGUGGUCGCUUUGCCAGCUAUUCGUGGCUGAUUAGCCUUGGGCUUAUUCCUCGCGAAACAGUGAGACAAACUUGGUCGGUUGCUUUCGGUGGCCAUUUGCUUUUGAAAAAGCUAAUGCUUUAUUAGAUGUUGCCUUUUGUAUUCAUUACUGUUAAGAAUUUUUAAAUCCUUAAUCUAAUUUCCAGACCCCUUGUAAUUUUUGAAUAUAUAGUCUCGUCAUUUUCUUUAACGGUCACUUAAGAUCACUUUUGCAAAAGUGUGUUGAAUAGCAUAUGAAACGUCAAGUUUAUAAAAUGCGAAAACUCACAAUGUUUAUCACCGCUGUUUGUGUUUUUUUUUUCUUAUCAAACUACGAUGGCCCAGGAACAAAAGUCUCUAAGAAGAAUAAAAGUUAGGUGAAACUUUUUCGAAAAAGGAAUCUGGCCAUCGCCUUCGAAACAAGUUAGCCUGCAUAGCAGACCAAUGAGAGAUUUGGGCGCAAAAAAAGACAUGCUCUAGUCUUUAAUUCUCUGCUAUCGCGCGCAAUAAACUUGCUUAUCCUGCGCCCAUUGGCCUGUAACAAAGGGUAAGUAACCAACGAACAUUUUAAUGUAAAGGAUCGCAAACAAUUCUACUAGAGGACGUAGGAUCUACAGGAGAUCUGAUCAGUAAAAAUAUACGAAGUAAACAAAAUCUGAAAAGCUGAUCGUUCGUAAAACUUAACUUUGCAGGACAUAAACAAGACAUCGAAAGAACAAAAACAGAGCGGGGUUCCGGAGGGGGGGGGGGGGGAGGGCAGUUUGGGGGUAGGUACUGAGCCGCUCUUUGCUACCCUGUUUAAGACAAGAGACUGUUUUUCAUGACCCUGUUUAAGACUGUAGCCCAAACGCCCUUUUUAAGGAGAUAUUUUCUUGUAUAAAAUACAAUACAAAAUAGGAAAAGAAAUACAUUUCUUUAAUUUGUUUUGAGUCACAAACAAAAAGAUUUUUUUUGAGAUUACUGACAGAACAAAAUUAGAUUAUUUUUAAAAAUUUCGUUACACACGUAGACCGCACACCGCCAAAAUUCACACCCUAUCCAAGAAACCCUGUUCAAGACGCUCAAUAGUGAAAUUAUAUACCCUGUUUUAGACUCAUGACCCUGAAAAGUGAAAACCAUACCCUGUUAAGCGGCACAUACCCGUAUAGGCCAAAUAAGGGAGUGCCCCCCUCACCCCGGGGCGGGGUUAGAGCUUUUGUACAGCUGUUUUGCCAUUGUGGCCAUGAGAAAGGCGGAAAAAAACUCACGAUGACACGUGAUGGGGUGAUUCAGUAGGUGAGACAUGCACUCCAUUGUCAGGGCUUUUAACAGAUUGUGCGGGUAUGUCCUCGGCAGUUUUUCUGUUUGUUGCGCCCUUCUGAUGAGACACAAUAAUGGCGAAACAGCUGUCAACGGCUACAACCCCGCUCUGUUUCUGGUCUAUUUCGUCGUGGUUGAUGAGAACAAAAGAAACAUUCUGGUGAUAAAAUGGCCUAUUGCGGCCAAAAAGGCAGAAAAAAGAAAAUGGAACGCUUUAUAAUUUGGUCCCAAUGGAAAUUCCGGGCAAAUUUAGUCGAUUUUGCCCGGGAUUUUGUAAGUAUUCAUGAAGUCCCAAUAGUCCACACUAAACUCGUUUAUAAUUUAUAAUCUCUUUAAGCUACAGAUCCUAGCCUGAAUUUCAGCCGUCUUCUUGAGUUGCAAACUCCCGAGAAAGUUUUUGGGUUGUGGCUCAAGGAGACGGCAAAAGUUCAGGUUUGAUAGAUCUUAUUCUGGCUGCUGCUGUUCGGGAAAUGAGCCUGUGCUUGGGGUAGAACUCUGGAAAAAAAAAACCGCUUUUUUGAAUUGACAAACCACUCCAUUUUGUUUUGCUAACUGACACUGCUGACAGUUUUAUCAUGAUUAUCUACAAAACUAUUGAAACCUCAAUCUUCAAUGUAAAUAACAACAGCUUCUCGGGCCGUUAUCGGGACGUUCGAGAAACGGGCUCCCGACCCGGGAGAGCGGUAUAAAUCGAGCCUAGUUCCUAUUCGAAAAUAAGAGUUACUAAGUAAACGUAGAGGCGUAAUAUUGAUUUCUGUGAUUUAAAGGACAGUGUUCGAGAUGAAAUCGAGAAACCAUCCUCGCGUAGGUUCGCGUUUGGAGGAAAAAUACAGGCAGCACUUAAUCAAAUUUCACAGUUGUGAGAAGCUCAUCUGAUUGGCUCCUGCCUCCUGCCUCCUGCAGGUACCAGUUAUGGCAUUUCAACACGUUGUUUAGAAUGUGAACGUUCGUUUCUUUUUAUUCAUCUAGUUUUUUUUUUUUUUAUCAGUGAGUAGGAAUAUUUUUCUGCAAAAAAAGAUACCGAUUUUAACUAGAGUAAGAAAAAAGUACCGAUUGUUACCGCUGCAGGCGCCGACGUAGUCUGGUCAGCAGCAAAGUACAGCUAGCGAUAGGCACGCCAUGUACGAUGCGGAAAGGGCGGCGGGGAUUUGUUACGCAUGACCGACUCGAUGUUAUUUUACUCUAUCAUCCUCUUUUGAGAAAGAAGUUACAAUUGCAGCCGUCUCGAAAGUAAAUUGUAGGUGUAUGCACAUUGUAGUGUAGAAGUAAGAUAAGAUACUUCUGAAAAAAGGCAGAAGUGGGUACUAAUCGCCUAUUUUUUGAUGCGAAGUUAAGCCUUUCGAUUCUUGUUUAUCAUCAGAUUCAGGAAGCCGAAAUAUGAGGCACCUGUAUUACUAUAACAACAACGAUGGUGGAGGUGAGUUAUUAUUUCUUGCUACAUAUUUCUAACAGCACAGAACAAUCAAGAGGAGGUCGAGAAUUUUACUUUACUCAAUUCUCCAUUCACAAUUUUAAGAUUGCCGAUAAUACACCUUGUUGUCUGCUUAAAAUUUUGCAUAAACUGUUCAGUGUUUUUAAUACCUAGAAGAAAUUGGAAACAAAGGGUAUGCAAAAGUUUAGGGGAACACGAGGUGGCUUUUUUUGUCUGCAAACUGAUGUAGUCUGAUACACAGCCGUUUUUAGUGUCGUCACGCAACGUUUGUGGGGAGGAGGUAACGUGACCAUACUAAAAACGGCUUUGUAGCAGACUAAAACUGAUGACUGCUUCAAGGUUUUUGAGAAAGGUGUUAUAUCUUUUAUGUCACAGACAUGGGACAAAGGAAAAAAGGGUAAGUCCCCAAUGGGAUGGAAACCUUUGACAUCUCAGAGUACUGCUAAAGUAUCUAAUAGCAUGCUUAAAAGGGUGCGAGGACAAAGAGAGGAUAACGUGUCCUUUUAUCCUCUCUUUGGUGAGAACGCAAUGGACGUCCUGCUCCUUUUCUCCUAAAGCAAGAUUUUUUCAUUCUGCUGCAACUUUUUGAAGUGGUUUUUGCUUUCCAAAAAAUAAUAGAUGUUUAAAGAAGAAUACAAAAUAUCUCUAGGCCACUUGAACUCUUGAACCUCCAAGAUUCCUUUAAUUCAUUUGACCAAGAGAGUCCAUCUUCAAGCAUGAGACAGGCAAGGCAAAUGUAAAGAAACUAAUAAACUAAAACACCAACAAUAAAAUACAUACAGUAACAAUAAAACCGUGCCUUAAGCAUGCGUACAGCUGUGUCUUUCAAAAUGUCGAGAAGAGAUGACACCUCAAAACACGCGGUUGAUUUGAGAUGAGAAAAAACAGGGAAAGAAGGAUGUUUCUGGAGUCCAUUUUUGUACAUUUCUCUUUCUUUUUCUCUGACCGUGUGUCUGGCAGUAGAUAUUCCAUUCUUGUCCGAAAAUCAAAGAAAUAAUAAGUGGCUGUAGGAAUUUGCAACUCUAACCAAAAAAAACGACAAUUUAAAUGAAGAUAUGAUCGUAGCAGUGGUAAUUGCAAUUUAACUAAUAAAUAGCAAAUUAACCCGAAAAAAUUUCGGGACUUCAACUUCUUUAUUUACGUUUGUAUUUCUGCACAUCUCAUCAUCUUCAAAAAAAGACAAUGUAAAGUCAAUAGUAUUCCUCUUAAGCAUGUAUGGUUAAACAAGGGUUAGGUUAUUUGAGAGUGCAUGAGGAUUGGUGAGGGUAUCUGAAAAUGUGAAAUCACUGUGUGAGAGAGAAAGAGGGAAAUUCCAGACACUGCCAUGAGUGAAACAUGCUGGUUUAAACUCUUACAAUGUGUACAUGAAUCACCAAAAGGAUAAAAAAGUCCAGGUGACACGAGAGAGCUAGAGGUUGAAACGAACCUUUAUUUAGUAAACUUGAACCUGAUUGGCUGCAUGCAGAAACGCGAUUACUAGUAAAUAGGCCACUUCUGAGUUCUAGAAACUCUCACUUUCAUUUUAUUAAUUCUCAUAACUUAUAUCUGGACAGUGUAUGGAUAUUGUUAGGAGAAAAUGUAGGUACUGAGCCGCUCUUUGCUACCCUGUUUAAGACAAGAGACUGUUUUUCAUGACCCUGUUUAAGACUGUAGCCCAAACGCCCUUUUUAAGGAGAUAUUUUCUUGUAUAAAAUACAAUACAAAAUAGGGAAAGAAAUACAUUUCUUUAAUUUGUUUUGAGUCACAUACAAAAAGAUUUUUUUUGAGACUACUGACAGAAAAAAAUUAGAUUAUUUUAAAAAAUUUCGUUACACACGUAGACCGCACUCCGCCAAAAUUCACACCCUGUCCAAGAAACCCUGUUCAAGACGCUAAAUAGUGAAAUUAUAUACCCUUAAAGACUUAUGACCCUGAAAAGUGAAAACCAUACCCUGUUCAGCGGCACAUACCCGUAUAGGCCAAAUAAGGGAGUGCCCCCCUCACCCCGGGGCGGGGUUAGAGCUUUUGUACAGCUGUUUUGCCAUUGUGGCCAUAAGAAAGGCGGAAAAAACUCACGAUGACACGUGAUGGGGUGAUUCAGUAGGUGAGACAUGCACUCCAUUGUCAGGGCUUUUAACAGAUUGUGCGGGUAUGUCUUCGGCAGUUUUUCUGUUUGUUGCGCCCUUCUGAUGAGCCACAAUAAUGGUCUAUUUCGUCGUGGUUGAUGAGAACAAAAGAAACAUUCUGGUGAUAAAAUGGCCUAUUGCGGCCAAAAAGGCAGAAAAAAGAAAAUGGAACGCUUUAUAACUUGGUCCCAAUGGAAAUUCCGGGCAAAUUUAGUCGAUUUUGCCCGGGAUUUUGUAAGUAUUCAUGAAGCCCCAAUAGUCCACACUAAAUUCGUUUAUAAUUUAUAAUCUCUUUAAGCUACAGAUCCUAGCACUACUAAACUCGUUUAUAAUUUAUAAUCUCUUUAAGCUACAGAUCCUAGCCUGAAUUUCAGCCGUCUUCUUGAGUUGCAAACUCCCAAGAAAGUUUUUGGGUUGUGACUCAAGGAGACGGCAAAAGUUCAGGUUUGAUAGAUCUUAUUCUGGCUGCUGCUGUUCGGGAAAUGAGCCUGUGCUUGGGGUGGAACUCUGGAAAAAAAACCCGCUUUUUUGAAUUGACAAACCACUCCAUUUUGUUUUGCUAACUGACACUGCUGACAGUUUUAUCAUGAUUAUCUAUAAAACUAUUGAAACCUCAAUCUUCAAUGUAAAUAACAACAGCUUCUCGGGCCGUUAUCGGGACGUUCGAGAAACGGGCUCCCGACCCAGGAGAGCGGUAUAAAUCGAGCCUAGUUCCUAUUCGAAAAUAAGAGUUACUAAGUAAACGUAGAGGCGUAGUAUUGAUUUCUGUGAUUUAAAGGACAGUGUUCGAGAUGAAAUCGAGAAACCAUCCUCGCCUAGGUUCGCGUUUGGAGGAAAAAUACAGGCAGCACUUAAUCAAAUUUCACAGUUGUGAGAAGCUCAUCUGAUUGGCUCCUGCCUCCUGCCUCCUGCAGGUACCAGUUAUGGCAUUUCAACACCUUGUUUAGAAUGUGAACGUUCGUUUCUUUUUAUUCAUCUAGUUUUUUUUUUAUCAGUGAGUAGGAAUAUUUUUCUGCAAAAAAAGAUACCGAUUUUAACUAGAGUAAGAAAAAAGUACCGAUUGUUACCGCUGCAGGCGCCGACGUAGUCUGGUCAGCAGCAAAGUACAGCUAGCGAUAGGCACGCCAUGUACGAUGCGGAAAGGGCGGCGGGGAUUUGUUACGCAUGACCGACUCGAUGUUAUUUUACUCUAUCAUCCUCUUUUGAGAAAGAAGUUACAAUUGCAGCCGUCUCGAAAGUAAAUUGUAGGUGUAUGCACAUUGUAGUGUAGAAGUAAGAUAAGAUACUUCUGAAAAAAGGCAGAAGUGGGUACUAAUCGCCUAUUUUUUGAUGCGAAGUUAAGCCUUUCGAUUCUUGUUUAUCAUCAGAUUCAGGAAGCCGAAAUAUGAGGCACCUGUAUUACUAUAACAACAACGAUGGUGGAGGUGAGUUAUUAUUUCUUGCUACAUAUUUCUAACAGCACAGAACAAUCAAGAGGAGGUCGAGAAUUUUACUUUACUCAAUUCUCCAUUCACAAUUUUAAGAUUGCCGAUAAUACACCUUGUUGUCUGCUUAAAAUUUUGCAUAAACUGUUCAAUGUUUUUAAUACCUAGAAGAAAUUGGAAACAAAGGGUAUGCAAAAGUUUAGGGGAACACGAGGUGGCUUUUUUUGUCUGCAAACUGAUGUAGUCUGAUACACAGCCGUUUUUAGUGUCGUCACGCAACGUUUGUGGGGAGGAGGUAACGUGACCAUACUAAAAACGGCUUUGUAGCAGACUAAAACUGAUGACUGCUUCAAGGUUUUUGAGAAAGGUGUUAUAUCUUUUAUGUCACAGACAUGGGACAAAGGAAAAAAGGGUAAGUCCCCAAUGGGAUGGAAACCUUUGACAUCUCAGAGUACUGCUAAAGUAUCUAAUAGCAUGCUUAAAAGGGUGCGAGGACAAAGAGAGGAUAACGUGUCCUUUUAUCCUCUCUUUGGUGAGAACGCAAUGGACAUCCUGCUCCUUUUCUCCUAAAGCAAGAUUUUUUCAUUCUCCUGCAACUUUUUGAAGUGGUUUUUGCUUUCCAAAAAAUAAUAUAUGUUUAAAGAAGAAUACAAAAUAUCUCUAGGCCACUUGAACUCUUGAACCUCCAAGAUUCCUUUAAUUCAUUUGACCAAGAGAGUCCAUCUUCAAGCAUGAGACAGGCGAGGCAAAUGUAAAGAAACUAAUAAACUAAAACACCAACAAUAAAAUACAUACAGUAACAAUAAAACCAUGCCUUAUGCAUGCAUACAGCUGUAUCUUUCGAAAUGUUGAGAAGAGAUGACACCUCAAAACACGCGGUUGAUUUGAGAUGAGAAAAAACAGGGAAAGGGGAUGUUUCUGGAGUCCGUUUUUGCACAUUCUCUUUCUUUUUCUCUGACUGUGUGUCUGGCAGUAGAUAUUCCAUUCUUGUCCGAAAAUCAAAGAAAUAAUAAGUGGCUGUAGAAAUUUGCAACUCUAACCAAAAAAAAAAAAAAAACGACAAUUUAAAUGGAGAUAUGAUCGUAGCAGUGGUAAUUGCAAUUUAACUAAUAAAUAGCAAAUUAACCCAAAAAAAUUUCGGGACUUCAACUUCUUUAUUUACGUUUGUAUUUCUGCACAUCUCAUCAUCUUCAAAAAAAGACAAUGUAAAGUCAAUAGUAUUCCUCUUAAGCAUGUAUGGUUAAACAAGGGUUAGGUUAUUUGAGAGUGCAUGAGGAUUGGUGAGGGUAUCUGAAAAUGUGAAAUCACUGUGUGAGAGAGAAAGAGGGAAAUUCCAGACACUGCCAUGAGUGAAACAUGCUGGUUUAAACUCUUACAAUGUGUACAUGAAUCACCAAAAGGAUAAAAAAGUCCAGGCGACACGAGAGAGCUAGAGGUUGAAAUACCCCUUUAUUUAGUAAACUUGAACCUGAUUGGCUGCAUGCAGAAACGCGAUUACUAGUAAAUAGGCCACUUCUGAGUUCUAGAAACUCUCACUUUCAUUUUAUUAAUUCUCAUAACUUAUAUCUGGACAGUGUAUGGAUAUUGUUAGGAGAAAAAUGAUCUUGGUCACUACUGGGAAUUAAAGGGCCUUAAAUAGCCUGUUGCCAAAUAUGGGAUUUAGAGUCGUGUCAUGUGACUUUAAAACUAACAAAAAUGACAGCAGAAACAGCCUCACAGGAAAAUAUCACAUUUAUGGCUUAUGAAAGCAGAAAAAGAAAAGGAAAAAUUACCAACGACAAUGAGAAUCUUAUACCGCGAAAAGAAAGUAGCAAUAUACUUUUGAAUAACAACUGAUCAUGAGUAAUGAAAAAUAUUAAGUCGUGGAACCCUUAACAGUGCUUCUUCGUCUACUGGCAUAUGCUUGAUCAAGUUGCAAUUUAGAAUUUUUUUUUUUUUAAUAUGUAUGUUCGAUAAGUAACCUUUGAUUAGUUUUGCUCUUAAUUGCCUUUUUCUCGCGUCUGAACGUUCCGGCAUGCAGAGAAAAAUUUGGUUGGCUAACCACAAGAAAGAAAUAUCAAAGACUUAUACAAGUUCAGUUUACGAACAACAUAGAUCAAAAUCCGCAAAGAAAGAUAUUUUUUGCAGUGCUAGCGAAAGAAAGAGAAUAUCUCAAUAGAACUUCAAGUGUGAUCGAGGCCAUAUAUUUAUUCAUGACUUCGGGAAUUGUAUCGAGAAGGGCCUAAAGUCUUCGGGUUCGUUUAUUGAAUUAGAAAGCACCAUUUAAGAAGAUAUUGGUGCCUUCUGGUUUAAUUGUUUCUUAAGGGUGGUGUUUGUAAGUUAGCUAAAGAUUGUAUGCUGCGACCAUUGUAGGUGAACUUAGUCUCAAGUUCUAGAAGAGAGCGGGCGUUGUUAAUUCUGAACGCCAAUUUGAUUCUAGAAUUGAGCGGUUUUUGUAAUAUGAUUAACGUAAUACCAUUCAAUCGGUGUUCAUUUGUCUAUUUAAGCAUUGUGGUCGAGAAGCAGAUCUUUCUAGAAAGCAGUUGAUUUCUUAGCUUUUUCUGCCUAUUUCCUAAAGACAGUCGGGUUUGCAGUUGAUUGUAGUGUGUUAUGAAUUCAAGGUCGAGUAAAACAGAGUUGUGAGGUAAAACACCAAUCCAGCAGCGCUUAGAUUUGUACAAACGUUAUCCACUACCAGGGUGCCAGGCCAGAAAAUUGUAGUUAUCAAUUCAAAACGAUAGUGUUUAAAAAUAUUAAACCAACAGGUACCAAUAUACGAACAUUUAACUUCAGAACGGAAUCCUUUAAAGCGGUUUUAGAGAUAAAAUUAGGGUUUCGGAAUCAGAUUCUCUGUUGAACAUCUAUCGGAUUAAAAGUCGACGUUAGACAAAGAAGAGUUUUAUUGAGUUAAACUGAGAACUCCUUUCGAUCUUUGCUUUUUAAAAAUAUUUCUGGAUAUUAACUUUCCUACACUAAGUAAACAGAGGAUUUGAAACUUUGAAAACAGUUUUUUCUAGCAUUAUCGAUACCGACAGUAGGCGCAAUAACUCAGUCGUAGGCCGAUUAAACCUGAGUUGAUACGGCUUGUUCAGUCAUCUGUACGCACACGUGCAGCGCUGUUGUUAAAUAGUUUGUCGAUUUUUACCAUCAAGAGUCUGAACAUUAGAAGCUAUUCUCUGACGAAAGUUCAAGGUCGCACCCGAAAGCGAUUCCCCUGCAGGACGUCGUUCUAUACGUAAGUCUACUGCCAUGUUGUAACCGUGCGUUUAUUGUUUCGAAACUGCUCGGAUAUGAAAAUUACUUGUUAGUUGUCGUUCGCUCAUUACCCGGGCUGUUGUGCCAUGAUCGAUUAUUCACAAUCCCUGCGACUAGGAAAGCGAGCUAAGCUAGGUAAGACAUUAUCUUUUCUUUCCUUUUUUACUGACAGAUUUUUCACUAUGCCAGUUACCCAGCGUCAGUAUAUUGUGCGUGGUUUAUAUCCCUUCUUUAUCUGUUUGCUCUCAUCAUAAAAGUAUUAAGUUUGGAGAUAUGCUGAAUGCCAGUGUGUUGAAAAGAAUAUAUAGCUUAAUCAUUCGACACACAGUCUCGACAGUUCAAUAAUCAUUAUUUCGCCAGCGUAGCUGAUUGAUUAUUCUCCCGCCAAAACUCAUCUCGUUUCCCCGUAGGCUUUUUAUUUACUUAAGUUCAGAGCAUUUGUCGUUUUAUCAGUAGAAUAUUAUUUGUUUUAUACUCGGCACCUGUCGCGUCAACAAUGUGUUACCGAUUGAAUGGAAAAUGCUUUUUAUGCUGGUCCAAACGAAGAAUUAAAAUCGGUCUGAAUUUUGGUUCAGCGUUCGGGGUUUCAUGUUCUUUUCUUUUUCUUUUUCUUGUUUUAUUCGGGUGUGGAGGCCUGAGCAGAAAUAAAAUGACUUUUCAGAUCGUUCGUUUUUAAUGUACAAAACUUUAUGAAGAAAAAAAAAAACAGAACAAAACAAAACAAACGCCCCCACGUCGAAUCAAAUUCCAUCAGUUUUUUCGCGGACAUCAAUAGAACGCAUUGAUCAAAACGUCUGCUACGAAGUCGGGUUUUAUCUGAGCCGACCUGCCCCCAUAUCUACAGCAAUUAUCUCAAAACAUCGCCUUUAAUAUUCCGUCAGCUAACUCGGAGUAAACGUCAAUCCAUUCGUUAGUUUAAGUCGACUGUUUUGGUUGAAUAGCAGUAAAAGUUUGUGGACCCAGGAUUUCCUCAAAUUGCAUUCCUUAGAUGACGUGUUUUUUUUUUUAACGUUAAGUUUUUCUUGAAAAUGAAAACAAUAAUGAUAACAAUAACAUCUAUUCAAUACUUUUAUAUUUUUCGUUGGCUUGUCUUCAUGACUUGACCUUGUAAGGCAGGGAUAUUUAAGCUUCGAUAACCCAUCUUUGGCAUUAAGCCCUGUGAUAGUAUUGAUUUUGACAGGAAAACCGCAAUUCUGUUUGGCUUUAAUUUGACCCUCGCAUGGCUGUUUUCUCACAGAUUUACUUCAAAACGAAGUGAUUUUGCUAUUUUUCUACCGCGGGGGGCCUUAUUAUUCGAUCACAGAAGGCAGCCAUUCAGCAAAGAAUUCCCUUAGUUCCAUAUCGGGGAGAACGCGUGGGUUUGAGCAGAGAUAUGAGUGACUGUCAUUUCGGCCUAAUCGACAAAAGCUGCAGACACGAACCGCAAAUUAUUGAGCGGGUCGUCGUAGAACCGAAAAAUGGCGUUUGCCGUAAACGUCAAAAUUAGCUUCAAUUGGCCGAAAUCCCGAAAACACGACACCUGUGUUAUUCGCCUGGAGAGAGAAACUGCGGUUGUUUACAAUGAGAGCGCGCCUUCGUCUCAUAACUCUUUUAUGAACUGUAUUUCCAAUGUGGUCUGUCAUUAGCAGGUUAAAAAAUUCCAUCAGCAAGCGAAUGAAACCACAAUUGCUAUUUGCUUAUCGUGGGGGUGGGUCUUAGUCGGUUGUUCGACAGCCGGUGGUCCUCGCAGCGCCCGCAGACAAAUCUUGAACUAGAUUUUACUGAAUUUCUUUGUUUGGUAGAGUUUUCGCUGUUAAGUUUUUAUCUCUAAUUCGAGGGCGGCCUCACAACUGGAAGACCUAGACAAAAAUGAAAGGGGUUUUAUGAUUUAAAUUGUGGUUCUUAUACAAUCGGCCUUGAUCUUGGGCUUCUCAUAACCUACGGCGUGAGACAACCAGUGGUCCUUGGGCGGUGAAUUUAACUUGCGUGUGUAUAUAUGGGUAAACUGUACAACUACUAAUAAGACAAACAAACGAUUACAAACAGAACAACAAACAAACGGCAUAAAUACACUCGCACACACGCCGGAAAACAGUUAUUAAUUUAGCCUUCCUCAGUGUUGCCUUUUAAAAGUUGCAUAACCGAACAGGAACUAGGAAGAACAACUAGGAUGUGGAGAAGAGGGGUUGACCUUGGAUGGAAAGGGACCCUUUGCACUCAUUUUUAAGAGCAGAACAUUUUGCUAAUAAGCGUCAAAUGCAAUGCAUUAGCUAAGUAACAUUCUUCAGCUAGCAAAAUGCCGUUGCCAAGAAGCCAAAACCUCCUCCAUUCAAAAAUCAAUUUAUCGUAUGUCAAGGGUGGUUUGUCCUUUGUCGCGAAAGUUUUUUUGUCUAUAAAAACUGUGACCGAGGCAGGUGAAUAUGAUUUUGAAGAUACCCGUGUUUCUGUAGUCUUUCUUUUCCUGCCUUACGCAGAUCUCCAAUCUGUCCAAUCAGUUGUUUUGGCUCGCUUCACCAACUGUAUGUCGGUAAUAGCUGUCAUAUUUAUGUAUAUUUGAGACGAUCUUUUGCAUAUUUUUUGCUCUAUCACAACAAACCUUUUGACUCAAAACUGUUUCAUCUUUUCGCUCCAGCGGCCCCAGCAAAGAGAUUUUUGAUGCCGCAAAGUUUCAUUCUCCAGAAAUAAUAUCACAUUUGAAACUCGUCGUCUCACGGGGAGAUAGACGGGUUUGUUUUGGUUCUGUUCGCGUCGAGAGCAGCAGGUUUUCUAUCAUUGCUGUUACUAUGCAAAUUACACUCAGUGCUGUGCAUAUGUGAAAGAUUCAAUUCCCCGAAUCGCGCGUGCCCAAUGAAAUCCUGGGAGCGACAUUUGUGACUAUUCCAUACUAUCUCUGUGUCGCUGGUCUAGAAGAAUGUCCCAUCGAUAAGAUCGUGCGCUUUACGAGGACUAUAAUCUCUGGCUGAUUAGAAAACCAACCUGUAGGCGCCAACAGUCGAUUGUAAAUUCCUACAUUCGAAAGAACUGAUUCGCUCUGCUCAGCGCCGCGUCUUGGAUGAAGUUGGAAGACGUCAGCCCCGUAACAGAGAUCGCAAAGAGAGGAAAUUCCCGAGAUUAAUAUUGUCUGAAUGUGACCACGUGUCAAGAACGUCGUAUUUCGACACCGACACAAUGACUUUGGAGAAACUGCAAUGAAAACUGCGCGCAAAAAGUGGCAUUUAUGGCAACAUGUUUUUUGACUCACUGCUCUGAGGUGUCAUCUCGACUCGCGAGUAACUCGAACAUUGUUAUCUGGGGCCUCGCGUCCGCCGCGUUUGUUUCAUUAUCCCCUAUGUCAAAUGGAAUCAGAGUUCUUUUUCCUCAAAACGUGAGCCACACAAGUAAGUUCUACGGCUUUCGGAAAUCGUAUGUUGAUUUAAGAGUAGCUACACAGCUCGCGAGUUACUGCUAGCCUUCUCAAAACAUCUGCCAGUGUUUCAAGGCGGCCAAGUAAAUUUACAGUUUUUAUCAUACAGUUAACGCGAAGUAUGGAUUUGGCAAUUGGAUGCGAAAUUAUAUAACGACAUCUGUGUACUAUGGAUUAGCGAGAAGCCGUCAAACUCUUGCUAAUAACUGCGAAAACAUUUCUACCUCUAGUAUGUUUAUAUCCCUUAUUUACAUUUCCUGUUUAUUGAAGGCGACGUGAUAAUUUAUUCAGUGAAUUAAUAAAUUACAAGUUUAGAUCGAAAAGGAAUCAAUAAUUUAUGAGAAUCGGGCCCUUUCAGUAUCUGAAGCGGGACGUCUUCUCAAAUUUUAAGUUUUCUCCUCUUAUUUACAAUAUUUUUCUCGCAAAAAAGGAAAAAUGUGGCGGUACGGUCGAAGGAUUUACCGGGUUCCUCAGAGAAAUCCCCCUCCGGCUAGUACCUCAUGCCAGUUAUUAAUCAAAUGUUUCAAUCCGGACUUUAGGUUCGCCGUAUUUAACAGAUCGUAAAGUGGAGAUGGACGGUCCGCCAGGAGUGUCAACGGUUCCUGCAACUCCUGAUAAACUGCAUCAGAACUCUGUGAACUUUGCUCCGGGGAACAACAUCACAAACUCCUCAAACAAGCGCCAUUCGGCCCGUGACUCGAUCACUUUGUCUGGUAUCAAGACUCAAGUGGAACCCCUUCUAAACGAACUGAGUGGCGACAGAUUCGUAAUAAACGUAAGUGGCUUGAAAUUCGAAACACACGUUCAGACUUUAGAACAAUACCCGGAGACCUUACUAGGCAAUCCAGGGAAGCGACGCAAGUACUUUGAUUCUGUCCGGAAUGAGUAUUUUUUCGAUCGCAAUCGACCUGCCUUCGAUGCAAUUUUAUUCUACUACCAAUCAGGGGGAAAGCUUUUGCGUCCUGCUAAUGUACCCAUGGAUGUUUUUGCUGACGAAAUUCGCUUCUACGACCUCGGCGAGGACAUUUUACACAAGGUAGAGCAGGAAGAAGGGUAUAUUGAGGAGGAACAGCCUAUUUUACCUGAAAAUAAAUGGCAGAGAAAGAUCUGGCAACUAUUUGAGUUUCCCGAUACUUCGUUAGGAGCGCGUAUUGUCGCAAUUUUUUCUGUGUUGGUGAUCACUCUAUCAAUAGUGACAUUUUGCGUCGAAACACUGCCGCAGUUCAGACAGGAGGACAGUGGAGAGAAGAAGAAACAACCUUGGUUUACUCUAGAGACUGCGUGUAUAAUAUGGUUCACAUUUGAAUACGUAAUGAGAUUAAUAUCGUCUCCUCAAAAACUGGUGUUUGUGCGCUCGUUUCUGAACCUCAUUGAUAUAGUAGCUAUUUUACCUUACUACAUAACAUUACCUAUGCAAGACACCAAAGCCUCCAGCUUCGGCGUGUUGCGGGUGAUUCGACUGGUGCGCGUUUUUCGUAUAUUUAAAUUAUCGCGACAUUCCAGAGGACUGCAGAUUCUAGGGCACACUCUACGCGCAAGUUUGCGCGAGCUAGGACUUCUAAUUUUCUUCCUUCUAAUCGGCGUUAUUCUCUUUAGUUCGGCGGUAUAUUACGCGGAAGGUGGAGAGGAUGAAACCAAUUUUAAGAGCAUUCCCGAUGCAUUUUGGUGGGCAGUAGUUACUAUGACAACCGUCGGUUACGGUGACAUGAGGCCCAUCACGGUGUGGGGAAAGAUCGUAGGAUCGCUUUGCGCCAUUUCCGGUGUGUUGACGAUCGCGCUUCCAGUGCCUGUAAUCGUAUCCAAUUUUAACUACUUCUACCAUCGUGAGAACGAACAAAGGGCGGCCGAACAAAGCAAGAAGGAGAAAGAACGCAAGGAAAGCGAAAGACUUCUGAAGGAGCAACAAGAACAGGAACAAGAACGCAAAUAUGGUGCCAUUGACCACAACGGGAUGAACGGCCCGGAAUCGACUGGGGUCGAAAUGGAGAUGUUAACUUCCCUGGAUAACAUUCCUUCAAACAUGACGGCAAAUAAACACAAGGCAAACACGGCAGUUGUGUCUAAUUCUAUGCCGCUUGUGGACUACCCUGACGCCACCAUACGAUUUGAAACGGGGGUGUGAUGUCAGGCGUGCCGCAUUUAUUGUUAUUUAAUUUGGAGGCUUUUGAGGGAAGAUUGGGAGUUGUGCUACAAAGAGAUCCAUCAGAUAAGAGCUCAGUGUCGAGAAGAAGAAAUAAAGAGCUAACUUAAUACCAGUAAGUCGCCCUACGGUACAUCUCUGGCCGAUGCACGCGUAAUUUCCUUACGGCUGUGUUUGCUCCGCAGCGUGGAAUAGUUAGGAGGGAGAGAAACCAUAAACCAAGCCAAGGAAUGGCAUCUUGCCGAAAGAUUUGACUUACAGUUUUCUCAAUAUUAAAUGGCGAUCACUUGCUGUUUGCCCGGCGAAAAGAAAGAGAGAAACCAAACUUUUAAGCUGUAUUCUGCUUAAAUCCAAAGAAAAACAACUUUAAUAAACGAUAAAUCGAGCCGUCGCUCCGAGAUGGCGUAUUCAUUUUUUUAUAUUAUAAAAUUCACUGAUUUAUAAUUGAUAUAGUAAUACUAGGUGGCACAACGCUUCGGCUACGAACGAAAAGCCAAACAGUGUUUUUUUUAGUUUGAAUAUGAAAAGAACUAAGGAAUUCGCUCUGAAAUGAGCUAAAAUUAGUUACUACGGUCAAAAACAGAGUUUUCAACAAGCAACCAGCAGCUCAAACUUAUAUUUUUUGGCAACAAAGUUGUCAAAUUCUAGUGGAUUUUCUUUGUAACCCAGGUACAAAUUAAUCGUCGUGAAUUCCUGGUUACAUUUAUUUUAAGUUUGAGACAUUUUUAGUUUCCUUGCGUCUUUAAACGUCGAACAAAGAUUUUUCGAUUGGCGAGGACUUAAAACGCUUUAACUAAAGCGAACAAUUUCCUUAGGCGGAGAAAGUUGGUGUGUUCGCAGGCGGUGAUGCCCGUUUGAAUUUUUAGAUGGUUUGAACAAGAUUUUUGGGCAGAAGUUACCGUCCAAUCAAUCUAUCAAAUGUAAGUAAUUCUAUUUUAAAACGCACAACUGUAAAAUGAAAACAAGCGCUGUGAAAGGACAUAGAUUUUAAAAGAACUUUUACAUCGCUUCAGUUGUUGACGCGAGGAAACUUAUAGUCGGUAGAAAUUUGAGCGAACCUACCAGACUAUUAAAAAAAUGCUGAAGAGUAGAACUAUUCGAUAAUAUAAUUUUAGGUAGGAAACAGCCAAACCUAAUAUAUACCUGUCAUUUCAGCACUAUGAAAUGAAUGCGUUAUUGAAAUAAAAUUGAUUUGAAUUUAUAGCUUCAUCGGG